AUGGUGGUUUACAAGUCGACCUUGCCUGCUGUACAUCUUCCAGACUUGGACCUGUACACAUUCCAUUUCGAGUCCAACAAAUUCAACCGUUUCUUUUCGCAUGAUACACCCCUCUUUAUUGAUGGCCAUACAGGUCGUUCGUUAAACUAUACCCAAGUAUAUGACCUUUCAAGUCGAAUGGCACGAGGAUGGAGAGACAAGGUGGGAUUGAGAAGAGGUGAUGUGGUAGCUUGCUUUGCUCCAAACCAAUAUGACCAUAUUGUUCUUUACAUGUCGUUGUUGGGUGCUCAAGCUACGAUUACGCCAGGGAAUCCCAAUUAUACAGAAGCCGAAUUUCUUCACCAAAUAAGCGAUUCGGGAGCCAAGGCACUUGUGACAACACCCCAAUUGCUUCCUGUCCUUUUACGUGUUUGUGCCAAAGUGGGUAUUCCACGCCAUCGGAUCUUUGUGUUUGGUCCACACGAGCAUGAAGGAAUUGCUUCGGUGUAUUCUCUCGUGACCAGCCAACAUUUGGACGUGACUCAACUGAAAAAGAUCAAUCCACGCGAGGACUUGGCAUUCAUAUUGUAUUCAAGCGGUACCACAGGACGUGCCAAAGGAGUGAUGCUCACACACCGUAACUUUGUAUCGCAAAUCAUGACAGCGCUGGGUAUGGAACCUUCGAACCUUGAUCCUUCUGUGCCACCUCUCGAGGAAGGUGCACAGCCACCUGUCGCCGUUGGCUUUUUGCCCUUUUUCCAUAUCUACGGCUUGUGUUCAUUGGUGCUCAAUGCGCUGUAUAAAAUGUUGCCGGUCGUUGUCAUGUCCAAGUUUAACAUUGAGUUGUUUUGUCAGCUGGUGGAAAAGUAUAAAAUCACAAGUGCAAGCAUUGUCCCUCCCGUUGCGGUGCAAUUGGCCAAAAAUCCCAUUGUACGCAAAUACGAUCUUAGCUCGCUCCAGUAUAUUGGAUGUGGUGCUGCUCCGCUCAACAAAGAACAUUUAGAUGGCGUCUCAAACCGCGUCCCCGAAGUAAUCAUGCGUCAAGGAUAUGGAAUGACCGAGACAACGAGUGGCGUCAUUAUGCAAACGCUUGAAAGUGGCGUACCAGGGUCGAUUGGUAUCGUGUGUCCAAAUGUGGAAGUAAAGAUCAUUGACGAGAAUGGAAAUGAGCUUGGUGAUGAUCAAGAAGGAGAACUGCUUUUGCGUGGCACAAGUAUCAUGAAGGGCUAUUUGAAUAAUCCCAAAGCCAACGCUGAUACUUUUACGGAGGAUGGUUGGAUGCGCACAGGUGACAUUUGCAAAUACGACAGCAAGACCCAGUCGUUCUUUAUCACGGAUCGAAUCAAGGAAUUGAUAAAGUACAAAGGAUUCCAAGUGGCACCAGCAGAGCUUGAAGCGUUGUUGCUAACGAUACCAGAGGUUGCUGACGCCUGUGUUAUCGGUGUCAAUAAUGCUGAAGAAGCUACUGAACAUCCAAGAGCAUACAUUGCACUUCAACGUGGUGUAAAACACAAUGACCAACUUGCUCAAAAGAUCAUGGAUCAUGUUGCAUCCCAAGUGGCAAGCCAUAAACGACUAAGAGGCGGUGUUCGUUUUGUUCCUCAAAUCCCAAAGAAUAGCACUGGUAAAAUCCUCAGACGCCAAGUCCGGAAUUGGGCCAAAGAAGAAGAAGCGGCUGCUGUUGUAGUCAAAGCUAGAUUAUAA